UAGAAAGUGAAUUCCAACCAGUUUCGUUAGUGUUAUGUAGUGGUUGCUAUGAUCAAAAAUACCUUUAUAAUGUGAAAGUCACAGAAUAGAACGAAAAUCAGAAAGACCACAUUUAUCUUUGUGUAAUAGUUUUUCUGUAGAAUUGGAUGUGUACAUUGUUUAUGCGACUCGGCGAUAUUUUCAAAUGCCAACAAAACAGGUUGAAAGCAGUUAAAAUUCGGAAUAUAUUAUGUAAUUCCGUAUUAUGUAUACGUUCUUUUAUUUUGCUACGUAGAAGUCAAUCAACUUUUGUUAAUGGAUAAUUUCAACUAAACGAUAUUCACUUUUUUUUAAAAUUUUACAAGUGGGAGUUUGCAAGACUUGCAUUGGAAUAAUGAAUAGGUAUUUGGAAAAAUAUUUAGUCCAUAGAAAUUCUAGUCUUUUGGAAAAGCAUAAUAGUGCUUGUAAGAAGCUAGAAAAUUACUUCAUAGCAGUAAGGUGUCUUAUUGAUUAAGGUACUUAGAGAGUAGAGAAAAAAAAGGAUGACUUCAUCUACACUAGUAGAAACUGUUUCUAUUGAUUAUGAAGAUUUCAGUGAAAGCUUCCUCACGUGUGGGACUUGUUUGUGCACGUACGAUGGCCAGGAGCAUACUCCGAAAUUGUUACCCUGUUCCCAUACUGUAUGCCGUAGCUGUUUGGAAAGGAUAGCUGCUGGUAAUGGAGUGCGAGAUGCUGGUUCGUUUCGCUGUCCUAUAUGCAGGGAAACGAUUCCCUUGCCUCGUGGCGGCGUUAAUGCACUUCCACCAAGUUUUCUUGUCAAUCAACUUUUAGAUCUCAUGUCACGCCAGAGGAGGGAAGUGAUUCCUAAAUGUUCCCUCCAUUCUACACAAGAACUUCUUUUUUGCGAGACAUGCGACUGCGUCUUUUGUAGACUGUGCACUACAGGAGCGCAUGGAAAUGGCACUGAGAGUGGCCAGCACACUGUCAUACCAUUUUCCAUCGCUAUAAAGAGGAUGUCGGAGAUUCUUUUAUACAAGGCACACUUAUGCAUCAGCAAAUUAAAUAAAGCAGCAGAAAAUGUGAAUGAGGAGAUAACAAAGUUGGAUUCUACGGCGGAUGAAACCUUUGAAGCCAUAAAUCGUUCAGUGCAGGAAAUCACUGCGGCCAUAGAGCAGAGGCGUUGUGAACUCAUAGAAAUGGUAAAAAAGCUAAGGAACAAUAAAAAGAAAAUACUUGUGGAUCAACUGUCUAUCAUUGAAUCUGAAAAAGAAAAAGUGGAACAACAGUGCAAUGGCCUUCAGUACCAAGUCGAAGUCCGUAACAUAACCAACAGGAUAAGCGAUUUGAAUAAAAAGCUGGAUUCUCUAAAUGCUGUAAUGGAACCAAGAGAAAAUGCUUUUCUCAAAUAUGAAUGUGAACACAAUUCUGCAUCCAGUGACAUUGAGAAGUCCUUGAGAGAAUUUGGCAGAGUUCGUUCUAGUACCACUUAUCCCGCUUUGUGUUGUGCUGCUGUCGAACCAUGCUCUGCUCAUUUGGAAUCCACUGCCUGUGUAACUACCUAUGAUUAUCAUGGAACACCUCAGACCGAUGGGGGCGAUCCCGUUGUCAUCGAUUUAAGGUAUGAGAAUGGUGAUAGUGUCAAAACCCAUCUCCUUGAUAGAAACAAUGGCACCUACGAUAUUAAUUUCCUCCCUGAACAACCUGGCAAUUAUAAGCUUAACGUAACCGUGUUUGAUCGUCCUAUAAAAGAUAGUCCUUUUCAUUUUGUAGCAUCAGAGCAUAUAAAUCCCAUUUCACAGUAUGGUUUGCGGGGUAGUGGAGAUUUGCAUUUCUUGCAGCCGGUUGGUAUAGCAGUCUCUAAAAGUGGUGAUAUUUUUGUUCUUGAUACUGGAAAUAGUAGAAUAAAGUCACUGACCAGUGAUUAUGAAUUGAUACGUCACGUAAGUAAUGUUGGAAUGGAAGAACGCAGCGGUACAGGUAUAGCCCUCUCUCUGAAAAAUUCAUUGUUUAUAGCUAAUUGGAGAUCUAAAUACAUCACAGAGAUAGAUUUUGAAGGUUCUGUAAUUCAAAAAUUCACUCAUGUGGAUUUUGUGGAGCCAAUUGAUCUUGCUAUUAAUAGCAAAGGCCAGAUAUUGAUAGCCGAUAAUGGAGCUUGUUCAGUUUUUGUUUUCGACUCCUCUGGUUGUUUUCUCUCUCGAUUUGGUAAAAAAGGUACUGAAAAUGGUGCAUUCAAUCUGAUAAGUUCUGUAACUGUUGGUCCACAAGAUGAAGUUGUCGUAAGCGAUUCAAGAAUUCAAGUAUUUAGUGCAGCUGGGAAAUUUUUGAGGGAAAUUUAUCCAGAGGGAAAGAGUAAAGGUCACCAUGGGGGUAUUGUAUAUGAUGGGAAAGGAAAUCUCUUAGCCACUCGGUGUGAAAAAUCAGGCAGUUUCAUUCAGGUUUUUAGUUAUCAGUCUGGUAAUUUACAGUUUGUUAUUGAUAGUCACGAUGCAAAGUUGAAACGACCUAGUGGUCUUGAUAUAACUGACAACCACCAUGUUUAUGUUGUAGAUCUUGGUAAUGAUUGUAUAAAAAAGUUCCGUUACCGAUAAAUAUUAAUAGAAUCACUACUUCUUAGUCAUGAGCCAGUAUAUAUAUAUUUUUAAAUUUAUCCAACUCGAAAAGUUUUCUCAUUUUUUAGCUCUUAGCAGAAUUUCUAUAGAUAAGAAUAAAGUUUUUGAUUUUUUUAAAAAAUUACUUCUCAGAUAUAGCUACGAUUAGCAAAGUUUAAUUUUUCCUGUUCCUAAUACAAUGUCAAUGAUCGUUCAAUUUAGCUAAUGUAAAGUGUAUUUCAAAUUAAGUAAACUUUCUUAAAGUCUGAUUUGUGUUAAGAGAUAUUCUUAAAAUAUUGGUGAAAAUAGAAAUUGUUAAUUAGCUCCUAGAUAAAAUAGUUGGUAUUACUCUUGGUUGCAAUAUUAUCUGAGAUAAUUUUUCAGAUAAAACAAUUAUCUUUGUGUUUUAUUUUAUUGGCUGUUAGUGAAUACAAAUACAAAGUAGAAUUCUAUUUCAUGAUAAAAUGAAAUUUUCUUUAAUUUUUGAACCAAUAUUGUUUUACAUUUAUACUGGUACAUAUAAUGUCAUUUUAUGUUUAUAACAGCUGUGUAAAGUAAAUACUAAAAUGUACUUAAUUCUUAUGUAUUAUUCAUAGUACCUAUUUUUUGCUGAAUUUCUCAAAUGAAUUAUAUAUUUAGUUUUUAUUUCAAACUCAACUUAAUCUUUGUUAACAGGGGUCUGU